UUUUAUUAAUUUUGCCAUCAAUUACUAAACCUGUACCUGUAAACCUACAAAUCAAUUCCACGCCGUUAUCCUGCGUACUACCAGUACAACUACAUUGCGAUAUUCAAAGGAGAUUCAAAGGAGUUUAAUACAUACUAUUAAUACCCUCACCGCUCUGGAUUCCGACGUGAUACCUCCCAUACCAUUACUACCGUCCGUUGCGGCGUAAUGAAUUCGCCCCGCGCAGCUCUAUCGCGAGCUGCGACAGGCCUAAUAGGUCGUCGAAUAGCAACAUCCGCCCCGAAGUUACGACCUUGCGAAAGUCUACUACGGCAAUUCUCACAUUACCAACCAUGGUAUGCGCCGUCAGAGAAACACCAAACAACACCAUCCUACCAGCCAUAUCCUCUUAAACCGCCCCAACCCUCACAACCCCGCAACGAACCCAUACCAGAGACGUCGAUCGCCAGCCCGAUACCACAAGUCCAUGAGACAAGACCACCUGCACAACCACAAGCCGCUGCGCAACCCGAUGCCUCGCUUACAGAACGAGAGGCUCAGAAACCCAAGCCAACAGCGCCAAAGCGCAAGCUUAGACCGCGCAAAGCCGCUUUGAAGCUCACCCCCUCGGCAGUGGAGCACCUUCGCGGUCUGCUAGACCAACCCGAACCCAAGUUGAUUAAAGUUGGCGUGCGCAAUAGGGGAUGUAGCGGCCUCUCGUAUCACUUAGAUUAUGUGGACAAGCCCGGCGCUUUCGACGAGGAAGUGGAGCAAGAUGGGGUCAGGGUCUUGAUUGACAGCAAGGCGUUAUUCAGCAUAAUAGGUAGUGAGAUGGAUUGGAUUGAGGAUAAGCUGAGCCAGCGCUUCAUAUUCCGAAAUCCCAACAUAAAGGAGGAAUGUGGUUGCGGCGAAUCAUUUAUGGUGUAAUCACGGACGGGGAGGCGGCGAUUAAUGAAUUAAGAUACCAUUCAUCCGCAUUUUCGGCGGCAUUGCUACGAUUAUCACUAGACUGUACGAGUUUUAUACAUUUGGUCGAGCCAUAUAGACCUCGUCCUUCUACACACGAAUACCAUGAUUUACCACGCGGGCAGGAACUCAAUAGCAGUUGCCGAAGCGUGUGCAUAUGUCGAACUAAUAGCUUUGUAUCUUGUGAACUAGAUAUUAAAUGCAAAUAUUCAUUCAGGUAC